AAAAAGGAAAACUAGAAACAAAGAAACGUGACUCCUCUUCUAAGUCCUUUUCUGGCACAACACUUGUGAAUUGUGAUUGACUAUCUAUCAAUGAAAGUCAGGCAUGUGCAUCGUACUUCAAUCAAAUAGGAGGGUUUAUGUCAUUCUGAUGCACGGAAAAAUUGCAAUACUACAAGACACACGGCAGAUAGCAAUGCUUUAUUAGAAUCGGUUUUAAAAAUACCUGCUAUCUGCAAUUUAGCAGCGAUUUUUAUGACAGAUUUAAGAGAAGCUGCUAUUUGCUUUUUUUUCAGGGUUUUAUUAGAUGUCUCUUUUUCUCAGAUCUCUAUCUCAAUUCUCAUUCUGAUUUUUUUUACUCUCACUAGUUACAACACAGUUCUCUUCUCUCCAACUUUCAUCACCAUCUCUGCACCUCUCAAAAGUUUCUAUAUUGUGCUAGCUCCUCUGCUUCUUCUGCUCCCUCUUCUGCUCUGCCAAAUCUGUUAGCUAUCUCAUCCACGUAGCAUUGUGCGCGGUUCGGAUUUGCGGUAGCGACACGAGUAUCCUGUUCAUGUUCUCGUCUCUCUCACAAAUCCUUCUAUCUCACAUCACAACACAACACCACACGCUUUCGCAUUCGAAUUCAAAUUGAAAUUGUAGCUCAAAGAUCCUAUCUUUAGGGUUCCCAAUUCCCCUAAUUUUAUUUUCAAGUAAUUACUCAAAUUCCAUUCCAUAGACCCCUGAAUGCCAGCGCCGUGAUUGGACCCACCUUUUGCCGACGAUGAUGCCAGCAUCACGGAGCAUCACGACGGUCGAUACUGGUAAGUUGCUCCUCAGGGACCUCGAGAACAAUGGCGAGGACGACUCCCCCGCCGCCAAGAAGCCGAAAUCGGAGAAGUUCCCUCUCAACAGAUGCCAAUUUGCUGGCCGCCGUUGCCGUAUUCUUCCUCUUCGCCACCAGCCUUCUGCAUCUACCUCACCAUGCCCGCCUCUGAGUUUGGCUGCAUCAAGCUCCAUUACACCCUCUCCGAUCUUCAUCACCUCAAGAGUUGCAUCAAUAGGGCUGAAGGUACAGGGACAAAUUUGGAUUUGGGUUUAUAACAAGUAUGGGCAAGUGGUCAUCGCAAAAAAUACUUGAUGAUGAGGUGAAGGUAAAUAUUCAGGUGUUUAAUUUUGUGUAUAUUUAUGUCUGACAUAUAUAAUACUAUUAAAUAGAACAUAUAUCAGUCUUCGUCUUCUCUGUUGCCAAAUAGACCAUCUAUUCAUCCACAUAAGCGGCAGCUGAUGAGCGGAUAAUUUAUACGCUUUUUGACAUUAUUUUUAGUAUAUUUUUAGUAGAAUCUAGUU